CGUUCGUUACACCUGUACAGUGUACAUAUCAUGGGUUAACACCUCGAUUCGCGCCGAGAGCCUUCCAGAGCAAAGAAGCCGGCCACCAACAAAACCCGACCCGACGACGACGAGCAAGUAGCUGCCAGAACCCAGCACAGCUCUACCCACCAAUUCUGAUUCUGGAAGACAGACAGUAGUCGAUCGCAUCGCAUCGCAUGGCGACGAGGCCGGCAGCGGAGGAGAAGCCGUGGGAGCUGGCGGCGCACCCGCGGCUGCCCAAGGGCAGGACGGUGGCCGUGGUGGUGCUGGACGGCUGGGGCGAGGCGGCGCCCGACCCCUUCAACUGCAUCCACGUCGCCGACACGCCCACGCUCGACGCCCUCAAGAAGGCAGCUCCGGAGAGAUGGAGGCUCAUCAAGGCGCACGGGACGGCGGUGGGGCUGCCGACGGACGACGACAUGGGGAACAGCGAGGUCGGCCACAAUGCGCUCGGAGCGGGACAGAUAUACGCGCAGGGCGCGAAACUGGUCGAUCUGGCGCUGGGUUCCGGGAAGAUAUACGAGGGCGAAGGUUUCAAGUACAUCCAGCAGUCCUUCCAGGACGGCACUCUGCACCUCAUCGGCCUGCUCAGCGACGGAGGCGUGCACUCCAGGUUCGACCAGCUGCAGCUGCUGCUCCAAGGUGCUAGCGAGCGCGGGGCGAAGAGGAUACGUGUGCACGUCCUCACGGAUGGGCGGGACGUGGCGGACGGCAGCAGCGUCAGGUUCGUGGAGAUGCUUGAGGAGGACCUCGCUAGGCUUCGGGAGAAGGGCGUCGAUGCGAGAAUAGCGUCUGGCGGUGGCAGGAUGUAUGUGACGAUGGACCGUUACGAGAACGACUGGCAGGUCGUGAAGCGAGGCUGGGACGCGCACGUCCUGGGCGAAGCCCCGCACAGGUUCAGGAGCGCGCUCGAGGCCCUGAGGAAGCUGAGGGAGGAGGACCCCAAGAAGGCCAGCGACCAGUACCUGCCCCCCUUCGUCGUAGUCGACGGGAGCGGGGAGCCGGUCGGCCCGGUGCGGGACGGAGACGCCGUGGUGACGUUCAACUUCAGGGCCGACCGGAUGGUGAUGCUCGCCAAGGCGCUGGAGUACGAGGGCUUCGACAGGUUCGACCGCGUCAGGUUCCCCAGGACGCGGUACGCCGGCAUGCUCCAGUACGACGGCGAGCUCAAGCUCCCGCGCCACUACCUCGUUGCUCCCCCGGAGAUCCAGAGGACGUCCGGCGAGUACUUGGCGCGCAACGGCGUCCGCACCUACGCUUGCAGCGAGACGGUCAAGUUUGGGCACGUCACUUUUUUCUGGAACGGGAAUCGGUCUGGUUACUUCGACCAGAACCUGGAAAAAUACGAGGAGAUUCCCAGCGAUGCCGGCAUCCCCUUCAAUGUCCAGCCGAAGAUGAAGGCCUUGGAAAUCGCGCAGAAGGCGAGGGACGCCAUCCUGAGCCAAAAAUUCGAUCAGGUAAGGGUCAACAUUGCAAACGGAGAUAUGGUUGGCCAUACAGGAGACAUGGAGGCAACCAUUGUUGGGUGCAAGGCAGCUGAUGAGGCUGUUAAGAUCAUCCUCGACGCCGUUGAGCAAGUGGGCGGCGUUUUCGUGGUGACUGCCGACCACGGCAACGCCGAGGACAUGGCGAAAAGAGACAAGUCUGGAGAACCACUCCGGGACAAGGACGGCAAGGUGCAGACCCUGACUUCGCACACGCUGAAUCCGGUCCCAAUCGCGAUAGGAGGCCCCGGGCUUGCGCCUGGCGUCAGGUUCCGUACAGACCUCGCAAGUGCCGGCCUCGCCAAUGUUGCGGCGACGGUCAUGAACCUUCAUGGGUUUCAGGCACCCGAUCACUAUGAGCCAACGCUGAUCCAAGUCGUCGACGAGUGAUUUCCGCUUUGCUGGUUGCUGCGUUGCAGUUUUCAGACAUUAUCUGAACUAACUCCUACCACAGUUGUCCGGCAUGUAAUCGUACUCAAACUAGACUACCUGGGCAAUUACCUGUGCCAAUUACCGUGUCGAAUGUUCAAAAAUGUUUUCGUUAAGGCCUUGUUCGUUUGUAUUACACUCGUAAUUGUUGUAGCUAAUCAAAGUUUAUAUAAAUUAGAGAAACAAUCCGGAUAGGAAUCGUUCCGAUUUACUAA